GUAGAGUAGGUAAUUAUUGUCAAAUAUUUUUUCGUGAUAUAAAAAUUAAGUUGUAAUCAUCGCAUAAUUUUUCUGUUUAAAAAGUAAUUAAUUCAAAGCCUUAAAUAUGUUAGGCAAUAUUAGAAGUGUUGUUAAAUUAACAAAACGAAAUAUUUCUUUACUAGGAAAAAGUUAUAAAAAAUUUGAAAUAACACAGAAUACAGAAUUUGUAUCUAAAGUUAUGAAUAGUAAAGUGCCAGUAAUUGUUAACUUUCAUGCCGAAUGGUGUGAUCCUUGUAAAAUAUUAACGCCAAAAUUAGAAAAGCUAAUCGGUCCGAUGGAAAAUCUUAAUCUUGCAAUAGUAGAUGUAGAAAGAAAUCCCGAAUUGGUUCAUACAUUCGAAGUUAAAGCUGUACCAGCUGUAAUAGCUGUGUCAAACGGGCUUGUUGUUGAUAAAUUCAUCGGACUAGUGGAUGCUAAUAUGAUAGAUAAUUUAAUUAAAAAAUUAACAGAAUCAACCUCCAAUACGCAGAGUAGAAAUUCUUAAAUUUUUAUUGUUCUUGUUUUUAAUUUCUUUUUUUACGCUAUAAUUAAAGUUAUUUUGUUCUGCUCAAACUUGCCAGAGUGACUUAGUCUUGGCAAUAUUAUAAUUGCACUUGCGUUGAUAUAUUUUGAGUGUAUGUUUUAUUUUAAUUUUUUUUUUUCUAAAGAUUAUCCAAAAAUUUAAUUAUACAUGAAUAUAAAUUUAUUUUACUGAUUUAUUAUUU